AUGGCGACCUUCUUCUUCAUCAGCUUCUGCAAAAUCUUCCUCCUCUUCUCUCUCGUCUCUUUUCUCAAACCCUUCUCUGUCAGUUCCGUCGAGUUCCAGGUCGGAGAUGGCACGGGCUGGGCUGUUCCCAACUCCGAGACAGGCCAAAGCUACAACCAGUGGGCUUCAGAAAACAGGUUCCAGAUCAGCGAUACUGUUCAUUUUAAGUACCAGAAUGAUUCGGUAAUGGAGGUGACGGGGGAGGAGUACGAGAGAUGCGUUUCCCCUCGGCCGUCGUUCUUCUCCAACACCGGAGACACCGUGUUUGUGUUGGACCGGCCGGGGUACUUUUACUUCAUCAGCGGCAUCACCUCCCACUGUUUGGACGGCGAGAAAAUGAUCAUCAAGGUGUUGGAGCCUGAGAAAGAAAGGUCGUCGUCGUCGUCGUCGUCGUCGUCGCUGUCCCCGUCGCAAGCGAGCAGCCAGAGUUACAGCAGCGGCCCCUCCUCUGUUACGAACACCGCCGACGUGAGCGGUGCAAAGAAGAAAGGCUACGGCAACGUUCCUCCGAAUUAUGCAGUGUAUGACUCCAUUGUUUUUAUUCUUGUUGAUCUGCUUCUUGGCUUGUUUGCCCGUUAA